GCGCCGAGCCCCUCCUCGAGGCUGGCCCCUAUAAAUGCCCGGCCUGCAGCCCUUCUUCCUCUUCUUUUGCCAUUUUCCUCCGGCCUCUCUGGUUGCUGCUGCUUGUCUGUCGCAGGGUCUCUGCUGCUCCUCUGGCCACCCGGCUGCCUUUUCCCUUCCCGGCUGCCCACCCUCUUCUUCCGCGCCGCCCCUCUCGUCUGUCGUGUUUCUGUCCCGCAGCCUCGGCGCAACUUUGCGCUCUUCAGCUGGUCGCCCCCGCAGCCUAUGGCCCUGGAAGGCGCCGCUGCCGCCUCCCGUAUUUCUGCUGUAGGUUCCCACAUCCCUCUUUAAAAAUUCCGCCUAAAAAGAGAAGACGAUUUACCAAAUCUUUCGGGCCGUUGUCCUACGGCAAACUCUCUGACCAGGUUUACAACUAUCCAGAGGGUUUAGGAGAAGUGCUUUAUCGAGAACAGUUCGACUUCAACGCUGAGCCACCUUGGGAACCUAGCUGAUGAUAGUAGGGUUCCAUCUCCUAACUUGUCCAUUUUGUUGCAUAACUUAAGGACCCGGCUCUAAGGCUUUGCAGCCUAUCCCUUGUGUUUCUUGGUUUAUGACUGUCGGCUUUGUGGAAUACGGCUGAGAUGAAAGGAUUUCUUGAGGAUGCAAACUACUCUAUUGGCUUACUGGAUGACGGAGUAAAUAAGGCAGAUGUAAUUGACAACUACAUAUAUGAACAUACCCUUACUGGAAAAAAUGCUUUUUUGGUCGGUGAUCUGGGAAAGCUAAUCAAACGGCAUAUCCACUGGCAGAAUGUGAUGGCACCAAUAAAACCAUUUUAUAGUGUAAAAUGUAACUCCACUCCAGGCGUACUUGAGAUUCUGGCAGCUCUUGGAACUGGGUUUGCUUGUUCAAGUAAAACGGAAAUGGCAUUGGUUCAAGACUUGGGCAUUUCUCCUGAAAAUAUUAUAUUCACAAAUCCUUGCAAACAAGCUUCUCAGAUAAAAUAUGCAGCAAAAAUUGGAGUAAACAUUUUGACAUGUGACAGUGAACUAGAGUUAAAGAAAAUUGCUAGAAAUCAUCCACAUGCAAAGCUCUUGCUUCAUAUUGCCACAGAAGACAUUCAUGGAGAUGAAGAGAUGAGCAUGAAGUUUGGCACCACCCUGAAGAACUGUCGGCAUCUCAUGGAAUGUGCUAAGGAGCUGGAUGUCCAAAUAGUUGGUGUUAAAUUUCAUGUGUCAAACUCUUGCAAGGAACCUCAAGUAUACAAACAUGCCAUUUCUGAUGCUCACUGUGUGUUUGAUAUGGCUGAAGAAUUUGGCUUUACCAUGAACAUGCUGAAUAUUGGCGGAGGAUUCACAGAUUAUGAACUUGACUUGGAAAAGGUUAAUCAUGUUGUCAGUCCGUUGCUUGAAAAGUACUUUCCAGAAGAAUCUGGUAUAAAUGUGAUUGCAGAGCCUGGAUGCUAUUAUGUUUCAUCUGCAUUUACUCUGGCAGUUAAUAUUAUUGCCAAGAAAGCUGCCCAAUGUGAUAAACCUCUACUCUCUGAAAUGGAGCAAACCAGGAGUGAUGAACCAGCCUUCAUGUACUACAUGAAUGAUGGUGUUUAUGGCUCUUUUGCAAGUAAAUUAUCUGAGAAUUUGAAUGCUAUCCCGGAGGUUCACAAGAAAUACAAGGAAGAUGAGCUUCUGUUUGCAAGCAGCCUUUGGGGUCCAUCCUGUGAUGAGCUUGAUCAAAUUGUGGAAAACUGUCUUCUCCCUGAGCUGAACAUUGGAGAUUGGCUGCUCUUUGACAAGAUGGGUUCUGGUACUUUGGGUGAACAGUCUGCUUUUAAUGACUUUCAGAGGCCACCAGUUUACUACAUAAUGUCAAUCAGUGACUGGUGCGAGAUGCAAGACGCUGGAUUCACCUCUGACACAUUGAUGAAGAAUUUCUUCUUUGUGCCUUCUUGUGUUCAGCUGAGCCCUGAAGACCGCUUUUCUACUGCAGCUUAAACAGGCAUUAAUGCUUCAUUUAGCUUUGCAGUUGCACUUCUGUAGUCUUGUCUGGUCACAACAUUCCAGUUGGGAAGAAAAAUGGAACAAUCUUGAAUGAAUUAUUUGAAAACUUGAAAUCAAUUGGGACCAGGCAAAACCAGAUACAACUACAAUUCACUGGGGGAAUAAGGGUUAAAUAAUAUACAAACUUGUCAGAUAAUUCAAUCCCUCAGCAUUUAAAUAAUAUGCAACAAAAUGGAUGACUUGGUUGAGAUGGAAACCCAUCACUUGGGUUCUUCGUUCAAACAGUUUACAUACAAGUACAGUUUUUAUACUAAGGAUUUCUGUUAGAAAGUCUUGUAAAGUUGUCUUUUCCCACAGAUAUAUGAAAUGUCAGUGGGAAAUGAGUGUGACUUCAUUAGCUAUGUUUAGUGUAUUUAGAACGUGUAAAUUUGUGCUUUGAACUGUAGUUUAAUAAAUGUAAAAUUGCAUCCUAGUAUUUGUUGUAUUUCACCCUGGCCGAGUCCCACCCCUGUAUGAUUGCAAUAAAAUUGUGUAGAUUUUCCUGUUCUCCUCCCAUCCACCUCUCAUGACAUGAGCCUCUCUCCCUGCCCAGCUAGCAUAGGGAAGAGGGGCUAAGCAGCAAAAGAUAGUUUAAGUACAGAAAGGUCUAAGAUAACCACUCAGACUUUUCAACAUUUUAAAUUGGCAGAACAUGGCAUCAUGAAUAAAAGUUGAAGGUGACUUGUGAUUUUUCUUAUGUAUGACAGGAUUUUAACACCAAAAUGUUAAACAUGAAUUUGCAGGUGCUAAGAGUCAGUCUACAGGAGGGUAAAAUACCCAGAGAAGGCUGAGUUAAUUGCUCUGCUCUUUUGUCUUUUGGAAGCAAGCCUGUAAUCUAUCCAUACCUGGGAGUGAGGUCUGUCGAGCUCAGAGGGGUUUAACUUCUGCAUAAACAUAAGAUUGGGCUCCAAACUUCCAACUUUUCACAAAAGCUAGUAAAACUACAAGUAGCUUUGUACACCAUCCAGCCUUUAACACAGGAAUUAGGCUGCUCCAAAUACAAUGGCCAACAUCCAGACUAAUGGUGUGCAUAGGGGGAAAUGUUCCUUAUCUCCCAUUCCCUCUACAGCCCACUGUGCCUUCCAAAAGUAUGUCCAGGGUUCCUCCCACAACCCUUAGGGACAUAUUUUCAGGUGGCAUUGUGGGCUGUAGAGGGAAUGGGAGAUAAGGAACAUUUCCCCCUAUGCACACCAUUAGUCCUGGUGUCAGCCAGUGAGAGUACACUUGGAACUAUCUAUCCGCACUCCAUCAGCUAGACUUGAACAUGAGAAAUAUUUAAGCUUUUACUCCAUUGCUACUUAGACUCCUUCUACCCUUUGAUUUCUCAUUUUAAUUUAUUUUGCUAACCUAGUAGCCUUGGUAGUGAUUUUUUAAAUGCAUCAAGCCAGAGUUAAUUUGAAAAUGCAGUUUAGUAUUCCUAACUAAUUUGGUGAUGUAAAAUGGGCUGCCAACUACAAAUGCAUUUUGAUACUAGUGCCAACUGGCAGGAAGGUCUCUCCCCCACCCCUUGAAUGGAGAUAAUCUAUCUCUUUUCUAGUUGAAGGGGUCAGGGAAUACUUCUUCCAGCCUGAUGAUCCUAAAAUGAUAGGUACUAAACAUGAGAUGCUUUUCACUUAUGUGAACAGUUUUCACAGUUAAAUAUAACUCUGAGCACCAAAUACAGCUGUGAGCAUUAAAGCACAAAGGAAAAACCAGAAGCUGAUUGCAAUUCUCAAGUUAGGAAAAUAUAUGUUCAGUUUUUAGCCUUUUGAUGCAAGAUCUGUCAGGGAUCUAUCAGGCAAGAAAAAGGGGAACAGCUGUCCUAUCAAUCCCCAAGCCUCUCGCUAAAGAUGCCCCAGAUUCUGCUAUAAAGUGUUAGAACUGCUGUGAGUUUAACUAACUCUGUUGUAAAUGGUACAGUCAGCUUGGAAAUGUCUGUAUUGUAUUUGACAGUUUGCCAUAAAAACUGGUUUGAACUUGGUAUGUAUUUGAAUUUUGAAACCUAUCUUUUCUGUUUACAAUAUUGUAAUAUCAGUUUUGGAAUAAUUCAAAUAUAAAACUGAAUGAUUUCUAUAUAGCAAA